GAGCAGCGCCCGGCGGAGCGGGGAGCGGCGGAUCCCGGGGCAGCCCCGGCCCGGCUCCGGGAUGAGCUUCCCGCGGCCCCUGCGCCGCUCCGUGAGCCUCAGCCCGGCCCGCACCCUGCGCCUCGUCGUGCUGGGACAGAGCGCCGUGGGCAAGACAGCGCUGACCGUCCGAUUCAUCACCAGGAGAUUCAUUGGAGACUACGACCCAACCCUAGAAAUGAUCUACAGGCACGUGGCUGUCAUCGAUGGGGAGAUGGUGCACUUUGAGAUCCUCGACACGGCCGGACAGGAGGAGGACUCCCUGCAGAUCGAGGAGAAGAUCAAGUGGGGCGAUGGCUUUGCCGUGGUGUACUCGGUGACCGACCGCUGCAGCUUCGACGAGGUGAUGCGGCUCUGCUUCCUCAUCAACCACCUGCACGCCAGCCCCAAGCGCAGCGGCGCCGCCGAGCAGCCGCCCGUCGUCAUCGUGGGCAACAAGAAGGACCUGCAGUUCGACAGGAUGGUGUCCACCGAGGACGGGGAGAACCUCUCCAAAGCCCUCAAGAUUCCCUUCUACGAGAUCUCCACGCGGGACAGCUACGAGGAGCCGGUGGCCGUGUUCAGCAGCCUCUACCAGGAGCUGCUCAGGCAGGGCCACUUCUCCCCCGGCUCCUUCAAGAGGAGGACAGUGUCCAAGCUCAUGGAGAAGAUUCCCAAGAUGCAAGCCAGCUCCACCCUGAACUCUGCGGGCCGGAGCCUCAGCUUUAACUCCUUCAGGGACUACAUUCCCGAGUGAGCAGCCCGGCUCCAGCCCGGGAUGGGGCGGCUGCUGGGGCUGUGCCGGCUCUCUGCAGGGGAAGGUCAGCGCUGGAGAGGGUGGCACUGGGGUACAAAAGCCUGGGGGUUCUUCUUACAAGGGGCUUUGUGCCAGCAGGGAAGGUUUUCUUCUUCUAUGCGAUCCCUUUUUUCCCUCCUCUCCCUCCGGCACGGCUGCAGGGGAGCAGAGGUGACUGCAGAGGUGUUGGGACAAUCCUUGGAGGGAGGCUCAGCUCUGUUUUGCUGAGGCUCAGACUCAGCACAGACACGUCUGGGGGGGCUUUCCCCCUCCCCUGAGCUGGCUGGGUGUGUCUGUGCCCCAAAUCCAGCACCCACCAUGCUGGGUGGCCCCGAGGUCUGUGCUGGCUCCCGGGCUGGCCAUUCCCUGGGAAUGGAGCCUGCUUCCUCGGUGUGGCUGGUGAGCAAAACCCCUGGAUCCUCAAACCCUUCCAGCCCAUCCAGGCUGUGUUCAGUAGCACGGACACAACACAGCUGAUUGCAGAAGCUGCUUGCAGGUCCCUCUGUCUGUCUGCUCAUCCACUGCCCUGUCCCCGGAGAGAAAAUCAGCACGGGCUGAGGACUUCUCAUUUUGCACAGGGAUGGGGCAGGAAAGGCGUGGGAAGGAGCCAGGCUCGUGGCUCGUAUUCCUCCCCUCCCUCUGGGUGUUGGGGGCUGUGUGGCUGCUCGGGGUGGCUCUUCUGGGACCCUGUGGUGUGACUCCCCUGUCUCCCCCUGUCGUGGCUGACCCCAUUGUCCGCUGCCAUGUCCUGUGACAAUAAAAGCUGAGUUCCCAGCGCCCGUGGUGCUCCCAGGAUAGGUUAUGUUAGGGAGCUUAAAGAAAGGAAUGCACGGUGUGGAAUCACCCUUAAAUUAGGGCUGGCAUCCCCCUUAUCCUCUCCCUGAGCCCUGGCACCGUGCACCCUCCUGGCUCCCUCCACCCCAAAAGGCUUCCCUGGAGGAUCACAGGGUGGGAAGCCACUCAUCCCACCUCCCCAGCCUGCUCCAGAACCCACCCAGGCACCCAUUUCCUUCUUGCAGCUCCCAGAGGUGUUCCCUGGUGCUUCUUGUGUCUAUCCAAGGAAGGGGAUUCAUUAUAUUCCAUUUUUCUUCAUUUCUUCAACACCCAUAUUCUUCUGUGGGGGGGAAAAUGAGCCCCAUCAAGGAGCUGGGCCAGGA